AUGUCUCUCAUAGCUUAUGUUCUUCCGCCAGCAGGAGAUGGUCUACUACCAUACGCUCUCUACCUCGCCGCAAUCAGCAAACUCGUCAACUCUUUCCGGACCUACUCUACAGGCCCGCACAUCGUCCGGAAGGCCUAUGGCUAUUCAACUGAACCCGUGACGAGUGUCCAUAGCCGCACCUUUGCAACCUUCGCCACGACCUUUGCCAUCUUGAGGCUUCAUAUGGUCUUCAACAUGUAUGACCCAAUGGUCUAUCGGCUCAACGUGAUCGUUCAAGCAGUCUUCAUAGCGCACUCUGCCAGCGAGUGGCUUACCUAUGGGACGAUUGGCUGGGGCUUUGGGCUGAUUGGACCGGUCUUUUCCAAUGCGGUGACCUUGGUGUGGAUGAUGUGGGUGUGGGGACAGUAUGUGAGCUGA